AUGGGAGCGCACUUAUCCAAGACAACUGGGAGGGCUGAGAUAGCGGCCGAGAAACCCGGAGAGGCGGCCGCCUCCCCGGCCAAGAGCAACGGACAGGUAAAGCCGCCUUUGGGGCGCAUCUGUUUCCAUCCAUCAGGGCGGAAAGUGAGCGGGGAGAGGGGGGGGGGGAUCCACUCUAAGAGCAGAGGAGGAUGGCCCGAACCAGGCCGAACCAAUGUGGGGCAGCUGUGCGCGCGCGGAUGCGUCCGGCGACACGAGCUCUGGUCCGCGGAGGGGCGAAAGGUGGCUUUAGAACGGGAUUUUAAAGAUGAGAUCGAAGCGACGGAGGGAGGAUUUGUGUUUGUGGACUAUCUGAAGCUGGAGUUAGAAGAUUUCAGCUCGGAAUUGAAACGAGAUGAGCUGAGAGCCGCACGCGCCUUAGCCGUUAGACGGAGCGCGAGCUGUGGAGAUGAAAGCCUGCCGUCACAGGUUGCAGGGCCGGAGAACGGGCACGUGAAAGCGAACGGAGACGCCUCCCCCGCGGCCACCGGGAACGGCAAAGAGGAGCCGCAGGCCAACGGCACCGCCGCGGCCGAGGGGAGCCCCGAGGCCGGGCAGGGGGAGAAGGAGGCGGCCAACGGGGAGCCGGUAGAGGCUUCCCCGGCCCCGCCUGAGGCCGAGGCCGCGGACAAGCCCGAGGAGGCCCCGGCGCCCUCCGCCAGCACCGAGACGCCCAAGAAGAAGAAGAAGAAGUUCUCCUUCAAGAAGUCUUUCAAACUGAGUGGAAUUUCGUUCAAGAAGACCAAGAAGGAGACGGGCGACGGCGUGGAGGAGAAGGAGGAGGCGGGGGCUUCCACAGAGCAGGAAAAGGCCGAGGGCUCGGAGGAACCCGCGGCCCCCGGAGAGGAGGCCAAGCCUGGGGAGGGGGAGGCCAAGGAGGAGGUAGAGGCCAAGGAGGAGGUAGAGGCCAAGGAGGAGCAGGCAGCAGGGCCCCCGACAUCUGAGAAGCCCCCGGAGGAGGUCGCAGUCAAAGAGGAGCCCAAGGUGGAGGAGAAGCUGGCUGCUCCCUCAGAGGAGGCGCCCAAGAAAGAGGAGCCUUCACCGGAGGCCCCCGCAUCCGUGGAGGCCCCGGUUUCUGUGGAGACCCCGGUUUCCGUGGAGACCCCAGCUUCUGUGGAGGCCCCAGCUUCUGUAGAGGCCCCCGCAUCCGUGGAGGCCCCGGCCGAGUGA